AUGGCUGCGGUUGUUACUCCCUCCAACAACCGGCUGAAGUUGACGCCGUCUAAUUCACCUUUUCUAUCGCGGCCGUCGAGAUCUCCAAUGCGGGGCCGUUCUUCCCAUGAGUCGCGGCUCUCGUUGAGGAGAGUCGUUGGCACUACUUGUCGCUCGCCCACUGGCUUCGAUACGGUCAAUUCCUCCUUUGCCUACAUUGCCGGAGGAGCUGUCGUGGUCGUCGAUGUCGAGGGUCAGCUUUAUUCACAACGCUUUUACAGAGCUCGCCCUACAGCUGUACCGAACUAUUCAGUAUCGAGUUCUCAGAACGCCCCGUCCACCCCAAUUGCAACAACACCAAAGGCAAACGACAGCCGCAAUCGAGUGGCUCCUAGCUACAGGGACUCGCCCUAUAGCCCGGUGGACUGGGCGAGUGAUUCACCGGGUGGUUCCAAGACGUGGACGAGUCGGGAGAGGAUUAAGGCUGCUACCUGCCUGGCUCUGAGCCCAGAUGGUAGGUAUUUGGCAGUAGGGGAAACCGGAUAUGCACCACGAGUUUUGAUCUUCAGCCUACUAGAUGCAUCGUCGGACACGCCCCUAGUCUCCAUCAGCGAGCAUGCGUUUGGCGUCACGGCAGUUGCUUGGUCGGAAGAUUCAAAGUAUCUUGCAUCACUGGGUGCCGCCAACGAUGGCUUCCUUUUUGUCUGGAAGAUUGACCCUCGGACUGGAGCUGCCAAGCUCUUUCAGCAAAACCGGUGCACUUCAUAUAUCAAAGACAUGGUUUGGAUGGGUAAUGCCCUCAUCACCUUGGGGGUGCGACACGUCAAGGUGUGGAAAAUCGAGGAUGGAACGUCUACUUCGCCGACGAAGCCAAAGUUUCUGGGUGACGUGACUCCAUCGACCCCUACGUCACAAAAGACCUUGCCUGGCCGGAAUAUGCUUCUGGGCAGCUUGUUGGAGGCUACGUUUAGCUGUGCAGCCGUUGACGGAAAGAGUCUCAUUCUUUGCACUGAAGCCGGCGAUGUUUGCAUUCUCGAUGACGACGAUAGACAGAUGAAGCUGACGAAAGUGUUAAAUCUGGACUUUGCCAUCACGACCAUUACUAUUCGGGACAAGAUUGCCUACGUAGGCGGCAGAGACGGCUACUUUGCGACUCUUGAUGUUGAUGCAGUCAUGGAUGGCAGUGCAGUCAGUGUUUUGACUGUUAGUCAAACAUCCGCUGGUAUAGUCGCCUUGGGUUUUCUGCCCGACAAGUUGGUAACCAUUGAUUCGAAGCAGUCCAUUGAUGUUUGGAACCCCGAUUAUCUGCCUGGAAAGCAUUCUCAAGCACUCGCCCAUAUUCCAAUUCCUGGGCACGGAGAACCAAUCAUGGGCGUCCACCCUUUGCACCGACCAAACAAGGCGAAUGCAGCCUUUGUCACCUGGUCUGCCUCAGGAAAUAUCACGUUUUGGGAUCUUGACGGACAGGUCAGGCUUACUAUUGAUGUGCCCAUUGACAACGCGGAACCGGAGAAUGAACUCACCUUGGCCAAUCAAAUAACAAGCGCUCGCACAACGAAGAGUGGAAAGCUCCUGGUUACAGCAGACCGUCAAGGUAUCGUAAAAGUGGUGGAUGUGGACUCCAGGGACUGCCUCUUGGAUAUCAAGGCACACUCGUCCGACUGCCUUUGCAUCAGCAUCUAUGACGAAGAGUCCAAGUUUCUCAUGGCUUGCUGUGGCAGAGACCGUACGGCGCAACUAUUUCACCGAGACUCCAACGGCCAGAUUGAGCAUUUUCAGACCCUUGAGUUUGCGGCCAAGGUUGUCCAGGUGCUCAUUCCUACCGACGACAAAGUUAUUACCAUUUCUCUUGACCGCACAUUACAGGUACAUGAUAUCGUCUCCCGAGACGGGGAGCCUGAUAUCCUUGCCGCCAUUCCUUCCAAAGUUAUUUCUUUGAAAUCGUCACCUACUUCUAUGACCAUGGGUCCAGAUAAUAGGACAGUUUUUGUCUCUCUUUUGGAUCGAUCUACUUAUCAAUUCGAUUUAGCGACUGGCAGACAAAUUUGCUGCUUCAAAUGCAUGGAUGAAGGCGGUGUAGAAGCCGCUGUUUUGGAUUCAUUGUUUGUUGGCCAGUGGCCAGCUAAGGAUCUCGACUUUCUGCUUGGAUCAUCGAAUACGGACAAAUCGAUACGCCUUUAUGACGCCAAUUCAGGCUCGUUUUUAGACAGAGAAUGGGGCCACACCGAAGCCAUCAACGGCGUUUCACUGGUCGAAGAUGACGAUGGCUCCAAGAAAGUCGUCAGUGUGGGUUCGGAUGGAACGAUUAUGAUUUGGAAACUGGAUCUGAACGAUCCUUCACCGGGGUCGAUGAGUAGGGAUCCAUCGCCGGUAAAGGAAGCCACCAUUGCCAAUGGUCGACCGACGUUACGCAGAGUUUUGUCAAAGGCGGAGUUGGCCGAAUUUCAGCGUCCAUCACCAUCACCGGCGGGUCGUCGGUCACCACCACGAUCACUGCGUCGCAGAACAUCGAGACUCACUCUCGGGGCUGGCGUUGCGGCAAAUCGAACACCUGUUGGGAAUAUUGCAACCAGUCCAAAUGACAGUGCCAUUAAUGAGGACACUCCGUCGAGAAGACGACCCUCAGAACCCAACAGAGGCGACAGUCCGCCCUCGAGUCCGAAAGCGAGGGUCACUAGGGCACCGUCGAUGCCAGCACUGUCAGCCGUCGCCAAGAGGAAGUCGUCAUCGAAUCUUCGUGGGUUUGGGUCUCUGAACAUGGCGACGGAGCAAGCUUGCCGCACACUGCGUGCGUACAGGAAGAAGUUGUCAUCUGCUGAGCCCAUUACAGCAGAAGUCUUGACAGAAUUGGACCAGGAGUUGCGUCUCACAGCAGCUGCCUUGGGGGACCGUGCCAUCAGAAGCAAGGCUAUGAAUGAGACAGUACUCAGCGGGCUCCUAGACCAGUACUCGGAGAGACUGGUUACUCUACUAGAUGAAAAAUUGCGGCUGACCAACCAGCUGCCGAAGGAUAGGGAUAUGGAGACAGCCAGCAGCGAUGACCGGCCUCGCAGCGCGGAUGGCACGUCUAGCUCGUCGUCGCCAUAG